AUGAAAUUAACGACGACCGCCGGCGAGGGGCCGUCGAUUUCAAUUUCGUCAUCUUGGCGCGGGUCGGGUUCCGAGCGGGUUGGUGGAGGACGAGGAGACGCUUGCUUAGGGUUCUGUGCGAGGAACUGUCGGUCGGGUUGCCGUCCUCGAAUAGCAGCGUUUCCGGUAAGCUGAUGGGUGGAUCAAGGCCCUGCAAAGUCGGCAUAUGAGUAAUUUCUGCUGCCAUUCUCGGUACUUGCAUUAAUGCGACUUAACCCCAUGUUUAAAAGGGAUUUGGUUCUAUAAAAAAGAGGAAUUCAUGUAGGCGUAAAUGUACAUGGAUUUUUUAGGUUAUAAAUGAGUAGUUUUCUGUAAGUCGAUUCGAUGAUGUAUAGUCUAUAAUGCAAUUUUUGCUAUCCGAUCAUGAUGUUGAUUUCAUAUCUUCUCCUUUAGGGAAUAGGGUAAUUGACUUCUUCUCUCUUUUGUUUAUCUUUUGUAUUGAAAUGGGAUUGAUAUUGGAUCCUUAGCUGAGGGAACUGUUGAGAAAUGAAGAAUUUCUAUUGGUGUGUGGCAGCAGGGGAUGAAGAACAUUUGUAGUCUCUUCACUUGAUGGUAUUAGAAUUAGCUUACUGCAAUUCAGUUCAUACUGUGGUUAUUAAUCUAGUAAUAUUUUUACUUU